AUGACCUCUCAAUUCUCGGUAGAUGGAUUCCAAUCCAUCUACGACCAACUUCAACAAUCAUUCGCCUCAGGCAAGACCAAAGACCUGAGAUGGCGAAAGUGGCAGCUCAAACAACUUUAUUGGCUUCUUGACGAAAACGAAGAUGCUCUGCUGUCUGCUAUGUCUGAGGACCUCCAUCGCCACCCUUUCGAGUCGCUCUCGACCGACAUUGCAGAAACGAAGAAUGAAAUCAUGGAGAUGAUUGAUAAUGUGGACGAGUGGGCCAAAGGUUUCGCACCUCCCCAUGCUGGGUUCUUCUUUGGAAGGCUAGGCCGCAGCUGGAUACGCAAGGAGCCUUUCGGUGUCGCUUUGAUCAUUGGAGCGUGGAAUUAUCCUGUCGCGACACUUCUCGCGGUAGCCGUCGGCGCCAUAGGUGCUGGUAACGCCGUACUACUGAAACCAUCCGAAUUGGCCUCUAGCACAGAGCAGCUCCUUGUCAAAUUGGUCGCCCAGUACAUGGACACCACCGCCGUCGGGAUUAUAUCGGCCGAGCCAGCAGACAUGGACCAUGUGCUUCGAAGUAAAUUCGACUUCAUCUUCUAUACUGGAAGUAGCCGUGUGGGACGAAUCAUUGCGGCCGCUGCUGCACAGCAUGUCACCCCUACUGCGCUGGAGCUGGGUGGACAAGCGCCUGGAAUCGUGACGAAGAAUGCCAACAUGGAUUUGACCGCAAAGCGCCUGGCAAACGCGAAACUCAUGAACUUGGGCCAAGUGUGUGUGAAUGUCAAUCAUAUAUUUGCCGAUCCAGAAAUUUACGACGAGCUCAUGGACCGUCUCAAGUAUUGGAUGACAAAGUUCUACAACGAAGGAUACCAAACCCUCGGUCGCAUGAUCACCCACCGACAUUACGAUCGCGUUCAUUCUCUCCUAGAAUCAACCAAGGGAACUAUCAUAUACAGCGGCGACCAUGCUCGUUCGACAAAAGCACUGCAUCCGACCAUCGUGGGAGAUGUUACUACAGCCGAUAGUCUCCUCUCCGAGGAACUAUUUGCUCCUAUCUUGCCCGUGAUCAAGUGCGGACUAGACGAGGCCAUAGGGAUCAUUAGCUCCAUGCCAACACCUCUCGGGCUUUACAUAUUCUCCGAGAAGUCAGCGGAGAUCAACCACAUAUUGAAUUCUACCAACUCCGGUGGAGUGACUGUCAAUGAUGUCGCUGUCCAUGCAGACGUUCCCUCCGCCCCUUUUGGUGGUGUAGGUGAAUCCGGCUAUGGCUCAUAUCACGGAAAAUGGGGAUUUGAUACCUUCAGCCACAAUCGGACAGUGGUGCACAUGCCUGGAAGCUGGAUUGAAUAUUUCACCGGAUGGCGAUACCCUCCCUUCGAUCUCAAAAAUCGGGGCGAGGUUGAUCCACCACGCCCAAAGUUCCGCAAGGGGGAAACCAUGGAAGACCAAGCGGUCCGCAAGAGCUUCGGCCAAAUCACUGUAUUCUUGCUCUUCAGCUCCGUGAUAGCUGGAGUGGCACAUUGUCUAAACCAUUGGAAGAAAUAG